AUGAAACAGUGCACCAAAUGUGGGAGAAGGAUGUUGACACGCAACCAUAAGAGACAUUUUGACAGGUGCACUGGAGCGGGAAACAGUGCAUCAGAUAGCCAGCUAGUGUCACUGGGACGGGCAAUUCUGUAUUUAGAAAAUAAUACACCGGAGAAGGCGGUCAGCCCUUUGAAAUUAUCUUUCCCGGAUAUUCCGUCAAGUGAAUUGUGGAAAGGUUACAUAGUUGCAAGGGCAUCAACGAGUGAACUGGUCGCAGCAUUGACCCCGAGUUUCUCACUUGAAAAUUGUGCCGAGGAACCGACACAACGAAAAAGACGGGCAAACGAAGCCAGGCGGUGGGCGAACCGUUUUAAAACUUUCGAACUGCCCGAUGAGGAAAAACAAUCAAAACAGGUCAGAGAGGGGGCGGACCGAAGCGACCAUAAAGCCCAACAAGAGAAAUCACUAUGGUCAGUGCCCAUGUCAACCAUAGAGGUCGCAGGCGAAAGUUUAGCCGACACACGAUGUCCAGCUGCCAGACCAUCGCUAGUGGACUGGAUGUUGGAAGGCCAGUUCUACGAAGGCGAGACGCCUUUUCCUAUAGACCAGGCGGUUUCGACUAUCAGCACUCCAGAGUGGGCAAAGGAAGAUAGUGACAUACUGGUCUCGACAACAGGCACAGUUGCACCAACAUGUAAAAAGGAAAAUAAGAGGCCGUCCAGAUGGGGCCCGGAAUUAAUGGCGAUUAACAUUUUCAACUUCAACAAAGAGCUUUGA